AUGCUGCCUCUGGGCGAUCGACCCUUACAACCUGACGCAUCGCUGGCUACUCCCAUCAGGAGGGCCAUCCGCGAGCAGCUUGCCGAAUCGGUACCUGACCCAGCCAUGUUGACCCAGCCCAUGUUGCCCCAGCCAUGUCCCAGCCAAGUGACCCAGCCAUGUUUGCCUGUAGCUGCACCUCUGACCUAUGCCGCGGUCGCGGCGCGACCUCCGCCGCCGACAUUCGCCUUCUCUGAAGCAAUGUACCCGCGAACAGCCCAGCUUCCUGCGCCUCCUCCAAUGCCAACUCGGAGUCAAUAUGCUCAGAAUCCCUGGCGCACACGCGACAACCGGCCCAUAUGCUUCGCUUGCGGUUUCGCCGGGCAUGUGGCGCGCUUCUGCAACUGUCGCAUGUCACCUGCUCAUCAAGCUGCCGCAACGCCCGGAUACGGCUACCCAUACGCUACUGGCGACCAGGCAACGCGUCUCAGCUCCGACUUUUCGCCGCCUCCACGACGACCUUUCAGCACCCAUCGCUCCCCGUCACCCCGUCGUCGCUCGCCUUCACCCUUACGUAGUCGGCAGCCACCUAGCGAGGGAAACUAG